AUACAAUUAAUAAAUAAAUAAUAAGAAGAAGGAAGUCAAAAACUCCAAAACGUUAAACUCAAGUUGAAAGAAGCAGCUCUCCACUUCCUCUCCAUGGCUACCAAGAACCUGUUCUUGUCUUAUACAUUGCUCCUUACGUUACUUCAUCUGGUAGUUGUACAUGAAGCUUUGAAUUCAGGCCCAUACCCAUUGGUUGUGAGCACAUGGCCCUUCCUAGAUGCUGUUAGAGCUGCUUGGAGAGCUGUUGAUAGUGGGUUUUCAGCAGUUGACGCUGUUGUGGAGGGUUGCUCCGCCUGCGAGGAACUGCAAUGUGAUGGAACAGUUGGGCCAGGUGGAAGUCCAGAUGAGAACGGAGAAACUACGAUUGAUGCUCUGGUCAUGGAUGGGGUGACAAUGGAGGUUGGAGCUGUCGCUGCUAUGAGGUACAUGAAGGACGGCAUCAGAGCUGCUAGAUUAGUAAUGCAGCAUACUAAACACACUUUGCUUGUUGGAGAGCAAGCCUCUGCAUUUGCUUUAUCAAUGGGUCUCCCGGGACCAAACCUUAGUUCAUCCGAGUCUUUGGGGAAGUGGAGUAAAUGGAAGGAAAAUCGCUGCCAACCUAAUUUUUGGCAAAAUGUUGUACCUAUCAAUAGUUGUGGUCCAUAUCAUCCGAGGGAUUCUCUUGACCUAACUAAAGGGGCAUGUUCCAAAGCCAAGCUUAUGGAAACUAUCGAAUCAAGAUCAUCCCUCAUUGGUCUUCACAACCAUGACACUAUAGCAAUGGCUGUCAUUGACAGAAUGGGGCACCUUGCCGUUGGUACAUCGACUAAUGGAGCAACAUAUAAGAUCCCUGGCAGGGUAGGUGAUGGACCCAUUGCAGGAUCUUCAGCAUAUGCUGAUGACGAAAUUGGUGCAUGUGGGGCAACUGGAGAUGGUGACAUUAUGAUGCGCUUCCUUCCAUGUUAUCAAGUAGUGGAGAGUAUGAGAUUAGGAAUGGAACCCAAGCUUGCUGCAAAGGAUGCAAUAUCAAGAAUAGCAAGAAAAUUUCCUGAUUUUGUGGGAGCUGUUUUUGCGAUUAAUAAGAAUGGGAAGCAUGCUGGUGCUUGCCAUGGAUGGACAUUUCAAUACUCGGUGAGAAGCCAAGAAAUGGAUGAUGUGGAAGUGUUCACUGUGCUACCUAAAUUAGUAACUCUCUUACCUUGGCAAAGAAGCUUUGAUACUUAAUGUGUAUAUUAAUGAGAUGUCUUUCCAUAAUUCCAUUUUAUUCCUACAAUUGAAGUGACAUGGUAUUUAUAUGGCAAAAAAAUACUUUAGCCAUAAAGGAAUUAUACAAAAUGAAAUCUAUAAAUUGAUGUGACUUGAUGCAGUACGUCAGAUUGUAAAAUUAUUUUUUAAUGUAUAGUAGAUCUAACGCAUUACAGGAAA